CCUUAAACAAGAAAAAUAAUAUUUACAUAUCAGUCCAGUGAAAAUCACAUGAGCUAGAGGAAACAUUCUGUAAAUUAUUAGUUGAGGCCCUUUGUUACAACAAUCCAUGACAUCAUAUCUAUCAUACUGUCACUCAAAUUAGGGAGGUGUGACUAAUUUCUAUAAAAUCACCAGCGCUCCUGAGCCAUGAUUCAUUUGAUUAUGACUUACAUUUUCUGUUAGAAAUGCUGUACUGAUGAACCUGACGGAGUUUAAUCAGUCUGACCGCUGUGAGCAUUUCUCCUGUCCAGAGAGAUCUGUAUCUCCUGCAGUUUAUAUCUUACUGUACGUGUGUUCAGCUGCUGUGGUUCUGCUAACAGUGUGUGGAAAUCUGCUGGUCAUCAUCUCUGUUCUUCACUUCAAGCAGCUUCACACACCAACCAACAUGCUGGUGCUCUCUCUGGCUGUGUCGGAUUUCUUCAUUGGUGCUUUUGUAAUGCUCCCAAUGUUCAUCUGGACAAUUGAGUCAUGCUGGAUUUUUGGGAAAGGUUUCUGUAUCAGUUUUUGGUUCAUUGCUUCUUUCAUCACAAUCAUAUCCAUCUAUAAUAUCGCUCUGAUUGCUGUGGAUCGGUAUUUGGCUCUCUCAAACCCCUUUCUCUACAUGAACAGAGUCUCUGUGAGGAUCACUUGCAUUGUAAUUGUUUUAGACUGGUGUGUGGUGGGGGUCUAUAUCUUAGCACUCAUGCAUUACAAUGGAAAUUUCAUGAAUUUAAUAUUGUGUCCUGAAGAUUGUUUUUUCGCUCUGAAUGAGGUUUGGUCUGUAAUUGAUCUUGUAUUUUCAUUUAUAUUUCCACUUUCUGUCAUAAUCAUAUUUUAUACUCGAGUUUUUGUGAUUGCUAAGAAACAUGCCACUGCUAUCAGAGAGCUUAAUAAUCACACACGACCUAAAACACAGAAAAUCACCUCACACUCCAUGAAAUCUGAGAGAAAAGCAGCUAAAGUCCUCGGCAUUUUAGUGUCUGUGUUUCUGAUGUGUUUACUUCCAUAUUUUAUUUGCAGUUUAAUUGGAUAUGUUAUUGAAAUACAGUUAGAAAGUAUUCAGAAAGUUAUGAUUAUGAUUUGUCUUAAUUCCACCAUUAAUCCAGUUAUUUAUGCUCUGUUUUACCCGUGGUUUAGGAGGUGCAUUAAAUUAAUUAUAACUCUGCAAAUAUUUCAAACAGACUCUGCAUUAAUCAAAGUUCUUUCAUAA